ACGAUUAACUCCUUCUGGAUGUUGAAUUUUAUAUCGCCACUAAGCGCGCACUUUUCCUCACCGCCGGCGGGUUAUUGACCCGUCACAAUGCAGAUAAUCCGCGGAAAAAUUAAGAAUUUCAAAUAAACGUAGCUUAUCCGUUUCAAUGAUAAUCAAGUUGAUUAAAUAUUUAAGGCUCUGUGGUAUUCUUGACUACGGGACAUUUGUAAAUUAAAUUUGCAGUAUAAAAGUAGCUUUGUAGUGUAAAAAUUUCAAUUUGAAAAAUGUAGAUGCUUAAUUAUACAUGCAAAUUUUUUAUGACUAAAUAUAAAAGACAAAUCUGUCAAAAUAAAAAAAUUUUUCCGAAUUGAAUAAAUUGAUCGUUGCAUAUACUACACAUUUCUCUUGUAUCACGUAUGUACAAUUCGCGUAUUUAAUAAGCGGAUUUCGAUGAUGCCAAAAAAGGAGAUGAAAAUAGGAGAGAGGCAAUCAUGCUGAUAUAACGAAUGAAUAGACUUCACAACAAUUCAGUAACGUCAUCCUUUAUCUUCAUUUUGUCAGGCACUGCGUCAUAUCCACUUCUACGCAAAUUGCAACCAUAAUAUCGCGAGUAACAACGAGUAAAACAUAUACAUAACAUAACAUAAUUCAUCCGCUUCGCCAUCACGGCCAAUCAUCAUCGAACUUAAUACAAUUUCGAUUCGCCUGGCUCGUCAUCGCGCAUUUAUAACGAUCACAAUUACAUGAUCGUAAUUGCAUGCCCUAAUAAUUGUACAAUAGUAAGUGAUAACAAUGGAUAGUCAUCGACAUCGAGACGUAACAUCGCCAAUGGCGAUACGCCGAUGUAACAAUGACGGAUGAUAAAGUAUGGUCUCAAAACGGUAACAUUAACGAUGCGACAACAAUAACGAUAAUUUUUACUAUUACUAUUACUAUCGAUAUCAUUAACAUUAUACGCUUUCCGCAUCUAUCUCUCUUGCAUUGUCAACAAAUAAACUAUGAAAAUUGAUAACACCAUUCUCGCUUUAUCGCUAUCUUUCGCACUUUUCCUGUAUGCGUGCCGUUACAUGUAUUUUUCGCACGUGUAUUUUAUAUAUAUUUGCCAAAAAAAAAAUCGCAAACAACUAUCGAGUCGACAAGGAUCCUAAAUACAGGAUAAGAUGCAAGAUUUGACGAUAUUGCGUAGCGUAAGAUUCUCCGUCGUAAAAUAUUUCCGAAAAUAUAUUCUUCGCACGUUUUCUCCUAGCCUACGUAUUGUACUUAUUCGCUUAUAUCUAUUGGGUGUAUAUACCUUAUCGUAUCACACAUGUUAUCAUAGAGGACUGCGAAAAGUCGAGAGAUCGCGGAUCUCUUCUCGCGUGUCGAAAUGAUCUCUCUUCCUGCAAACUCGCUCGGCGGAAAACGUCUUUUCGCAUUCCGGGAGUAUUGACUUACGCGUCCGUUUCGAGAUACGAUAUCGGUCGGGAUAUGCUCUCGCUUGCGAGGGCUCGACAUCUGGAGAAGAUUUAUCUGUGCUUGCGAAGCGUGCGCAAUUUUGCGUCGAGGAGGCUGCGCCCGGAGAAAAUUCGACGAGAAAUACGCGCGUCAACGAUAAUUCCCGCGAUUCCUCCAACGAUUCUGUCACGAGUGGCAGAUCUACGAGAGGCGAAUGCACUUUAUAAAAAAAAAAAAGAUUCAAACUUGAAAAGACAUUAAAAAUGAAAGUAUAAGCAAGAAAAUGUAGUAAUUUUGAUAAAAUCAUGUUAUUAAAAUUCAAGAUCAAUAUAUAAAAUUAAUUAUCGGUUCUUUGCAAAAGCAUGAUUAUUUGACACAAGCGUAUCUUUAAAUUGCACACGCACUGCCGAUGUGACGGCAUUUAAAUUCGCCGUUCGCAUGACACGCUUAUGGCACCGUUAGCCAUCGGCUGUCAACGAGCGAGCGAAUGCAGCGUGCUCGAACGAACGACAAAGGUGCGUGGCAAAAGCACCAACGACGGGGAAAAGCCGGUGGAACCGGCUUACUGGGAUACGUAUAAUUCGAAUGCGUGUUAAAACACGCGACACGCGCGUCUCAUUGCGAGCGCGUGCUCGUCCUCGGCCUGGUCCGCGCCGAUGUUUUAUUCACGAGACGGUGAAACUUACGGGGAAACCCACAUCCAAACGCGAGCGCCAGAAUAUAAAUACCAUCGACAAGAUAUAUUUUCUUCAAUUUUCAGAUAUCAAAAUUAAAAAAAAAAAAGAACAUAAAGAUUGAUAUUAAAGUGACAGAAGAGAAAUUAACAAAUAAAGAAAGAGCGUUGGCUAACUCUUAAAUUUCUCGUGUGAUUGAAUCGCGAAAUUUAGUAAGCAUCUUUUAAAAAGUAGCGCAAUGCCGAUGUAACGAGGGGCUUCAAUCGGGCGAGAGAAACGCGCAACCACAUAUAUUCUGCGUUCGCAGUAUUUUCAAUCUCGUUGUACAGCACGUAACAUCGGCAGCAGUGUCUCUUAUUUAUGGUCGGCACACCUGCCUUGUACUUUCGCCCUCCCAUUUUUUUCUCUCGUUUUUACUCCCGUUGUCGCGACGUUAUGCACCCGCAUGCAAACGAUACCGAUUCGCAAGGACGACUCGCAAGCUUGCGACGUCAGCAUGACUGAAUUGCGAAAAUUGAAUAUGGAUUGUUGUCGCCUCGUACGACGAAUUAUGUUCGAGAGAUCAAACUUCCGAAUGAGCAAAAAGCAUCGUUUUGUUUUUCAACUGGCUAGUUAACAGCGAAACGUACUACGGACUGUCUUGGCACACGUUCAAUCUCGGCGGUAACGAUUACGUUAAUUUUGUAAUAUCCGGGAUAGUGGAAGUACUGGCGUAUAUGUUUCUCAUCUUCACCCUGAAUCGAUGGGGUAGGAAAAUCAGCCUUUGCAGCUGUAUGAGGUCCGGAUUAGCAUUACUUGCUACAUUGUUUGUCCCUGCCGAUAUGCCGUGGCUAGUCGUUUGCUUGGCAAUGAUAGGAAAACUUGCAAUCACAUCUUCCUAUGGUGCAAUUUAUGUGUUCACUGCAGAACAAUUCCCGACUGUUAUCCGAAAUGUCGGAUUGGGUGCAAGCUCCACUUUUGCUCGAAUUGGCGGAGUUAUCGCACCAUAUGUUAAUCAUCUGUCGGAAAUAUGGACACCAUUGCCACUCGUUAUUUUCGGAACAUGCGCCUUAUUUGGCGGCUUGAUGUCCCUUCUUCUUCCGGAGACAUUGAACAAGAAGCUUCCUGAAACGAUUCAGGAUGGCGAGUUGUUCGGAAAGAAACUAUCAAAGAAAAAGAAGAAGAAACAGCAAUUGGAUGAACAUAAAGAUUGA